AGCUAUGGCGGAAAUGUGAACUCCUGGUUAACUUUCUUUUUUAGUAUAGUGUUUUCUAUCCCAAGGUAUAGUUUAAAGUCUAUUUUAGUUACCUGGACUACUAAGRUAAUUUAUUAGUAUAAUAUGGCUAGUAAUAAUUCCAAUGAAAUGUCGAAGACGAAAGAGGCAGCCUCAAGUGAACUAGUCGAGAAGUGCCGCGAGCCAAGCAACGAUAAGGCAAAGAACGACGAUAAAACGACGAGAAAGCUSUUCCCUACCGUUGCCAUGUAUGGUCCAUAUAAUCUCAAAGAUUUGGAACCAGGGAAGAAAAUGAAAUGGUGUACAUGCGGACUAAGUAAAAAGCAACCUUGGUGUGAUGGAGCUCAUAAAGGAACAGGUUUCAAAUCAUUGAAAUGGAAAGUUCCAGAAACUCCACAGCGAUUAUACUCUAUUUGUGGCUGCAAAUACACAGGGUCCCCACCAUGGUGUGAUGGUUCUCAUAAUGAUUUGCCUUGUAAAUUCAUAGCCCAAAUAGAAUCAUGUGGUCAAAUUCAUAGUGACAAUGUAAAACUUUGCACAGGCUGCGGUUGGGUUCCUGACUGGUGAAUCAAAACAAAGAAAGACAGAAAAGUCACCAAAUAUAUUGAAGUUGGAUCUUUGGAUUUUAUGAAUGGGAAAUGGUUAAAAUGUAUACUGGAAAAAGGGAUUGGAACUCGACCCUGUGAAGAAACAUAAUUUCCUUUCUUAACUCCAGGUACAAUAAAUGGAGGCAUACUUUCAAUUUUUUUAAAAAGUUUAAUAAUGCAAUCUAAUGCAAUACAGUGCUGGUUAUAUUUAGUACUUGAAGUAAUAUUUUUUUCUUUGAUGCAAAGUUUACAUUUCCAGUGAUGAAAGUUAUAAAAAUAGUUAAAAAUAUAUAUGUUUAAGAUUAUGACAUCUGUAAGUAAUGCACAACCUCAUUAUUUCAAAGUAUCACAAUUAUCUACAUUAUUGGUAGAAUUUUAGUUUUUACUUGUUACAACAGUAUAAUUAAUGCUCCAUGAAACUAGUUCUUAUCUCAAUUGAGAUCAUAAAUAUUAUUUUAACAUUUGACCAUGACAACAGUUUCCUUGACAACAAUAAUUCUCAUCUCCAUAGAGAUUAUUAAAAUGUUAUUUCAACAUG